CUCGGCGGAGGUCCGGGCGGGGGCCAUGGGCACCAUGGCGGGCGGGGCCGGCGGGCCCUGCGGCUGCCCGGGCUGCACGGCUACGCGCGGAGUUCUCGCCGUACUGGCCGGGGCGAGUGGCCUGCGCCGUCGCGCAGUACUACGGCAUGGCAGGUUGUGGAACUCUGGCAGUGCUGGAGCAAAAUGAAGCUGGGAUUGUUCUGCUGAGGAGUUUCGACUGGAAUGAUGGCCUGUUUGAUGUGACAUGGAGUGAGAAUAAUGAACAUGUGUUGAUCACUUGUAGUGGAGAUGGAUCUCUGCAAAUCUGGGAUACAGCUAAAACCAAAGGUCCACUGCAAGUCUAUAAAGAGCACACUCUGGAGGCAUAUAGUGUUGACUGGAGCCAAACUAGAGGAGAGCAGCUAGUGGUGUCUGGUUCAUGGGAUCAAACAGCCAAGCUGUGGGAUCCAGCUGUGGGGAAGUCAUUACGCACUUUUAAAGGCCACGAAGGGGUCAUUUACAGCACUAUAUGGUCUCCACACAUCCCAGGUUGUUUUGCAUCUGCCUCAGGUGAUCAGACUUUAAGAAUUUGGGAUGUGAAAGCCCCAGGAGUCAAACUUGUGAUACCAGCCCACCAGGCUGAGAUCUUGAGCUGUGACUGGUGCAAAUAUGAUGAGAACUUGCUGGUGACUGGUGCAGUUGACUGUAGCUUAAAAGGCUGGGAUUUGCGGAACAUCCGGCAACCAGUGUUCGUCUUGCUGGGUCAUACCUAUGCUAUCAGAAGAGUAAAAUUUUCACCAUUCCAUGCAACCUUAUUGGCCUCUUGCUCCUAUGAUUUUACUGUAAGAUUCUGGGACUUUUCCAAGCCUAAUCCUUUGCUGGAAACAGUUGAGCAUCAUACUGAAUUUACAUGUGGACUGGAUUUAAGUCUUCACAACCGUGGUCAGGUGGUGGACUGUGCUUGGGACGAACUGGUCAAGAUCUAUACUCCAUCAUGUCUGGCAGUUCCUGUUUAGAGGAAAAGUGAUGAUCUCACACACCAGGAACCUUUCUCUCUUUCAGACUUGUGCUAAAGUGUCAACUGUAUCACUAAUCUUAGUGUCUCUUUUUAAGUGAAACUGCUUGAAUGGAGUGUUGUGCACUUAAACAUGUGGAGAUUUUAGGGCUUGGUUUACUGUACGGGUAGUACUUGAACUAGCAAAAUGUUUAACAGCCACUGAAUGGCUGAAGAGUGGCCAUAGCAGAUAUGAGUGGUGUCUUUAGAGUCAAGUCACCCAUGCAGUUUUGUGAUCUGUCUGGCUAAUGAUGAGAGCAGAGGCCUGAAUCUUCUUGUUCGUUAUAAAGAAUAAAAGUAACUGGCAGUGUAUUUUGAUAAUGUCACUGUAGAAAAGAAAAGAAAGGGGGGGGAAAGAAAAGAAAAUAAAGGCUUUUUCACUGUAAA